AUGUCUGUUAAGUCGACCAUGGCAACACAAAUGAACUGUGAAUCAGAAAGUUCCCUGAAAAAUGAAAAUAACUUACUCAAUAAUCAGUGUUUACCUUCACAAAUCAUUCAUUUAAACACAAAUUUAAACAAAAAUUAUUCAUUGUCUAAUGCAUUACAUGUUGAAAGUAAACCAGAUUGUCCAAUUGACUUAUCUUUACAUUCAAAAUGUCAGAUAGAUGACAAUGGUAAAAUUAUUUAUUUUCUGUACAGUUUCUGUCAGGUGUCAAAUGAGAAAGUCAAGCAGUCCUCAAACUUGGAUAAAGCUUCGACAUCCAAUACAGCUAGUCGAUCAUUUGCAAUUGGCAACCUAUGUCCUGAAUUGCAUGAAUCAAAACGAAAGAAUACAGAGACUUUCACCACUUGUACAACGUCUGUCAACAGUGAUCUUAGCACAAGAAAUUCUCUUCAUACUUCUCCUAUGUUAGAUUUUAGAAAUACACUGAAUUCAAAAUAUGUUGUAAAUAUUCACUCUUCGCUUAGUUCUAACAAUUCUCUUAGUAAAAGCAUAUCUGGAAUCAAUGAAUCUUCAAGUAUGAGAAAAAUUCAAGAAGAUGAAAAACACUUUACGAGUUUGGGAUCUUUAAAUUUUUCACAAGGAAGAUCAAAUUUUGAAGGGAUAAAUGUCCUUUUUGCAUUUAACUAA